AGGCAAGUACACUCGGCAGCACUAUUUGGCAGCCAGCAAGGCGGAGCUUGAGGUCCUCGAGUCUCUCUUUCCGCCGUACCCGCCAUCUUGUUCAGAACCGGGUAAUCAGGCAUCAUGACUAACACCAGAGGCAAGAGGAGGGGGACCAGGUACAUGUUUAGCAGACCAUUCCGCAAGCAUGGCCCGAUUCCCCUGUCUACUUACAUGAGCAUCUACAAGAAGGGUGACAUUGUUGACAUUAAGGGCACAGGUACCGUUCAGAAGGGUAUGCCACACAAAUGCUACCACGGCAAGACAGGGCGCGUGUACAACGUCACCCAACAUGCUGUCGGUGUCAUUGUCAACAAGCAGGUCAAGGGCAAGAUUCUGGCCAAAAAGAUCAACGUGCGCAUUGAGCAUGUGAAGCACUCAAUGAGUCGCGCCAGCUUCCUGAAGCGUGUCAAAGACAACGACGCCAAAAAGCUGGAGGCCAAGCAGAACGGCACCUGGGUGGAGCUCAAGCGCCAGCCUGCUGCUCCCCGAGAGGCUCAUUUUGUCAGCACCAAGAAGAAUCAGCCUCAGCUGCUGGAGCCCAUACCCUAUGAGUUCAUGGCAUAAAGUGGCUGAUAAAAUUAAAAUGUUUGUACACAACUGUCA